GUGUGCAUGCGCCAUAGAAAACGCCUCGUGGGGGGCUGGCUUGGCUGUUUGUUAGUGGAGUGGAGGCUUGUGUGACCGCAGGGCCGCAGCCGCGGUGUCAACUGGACUGGCUGUCCGCCUACUGAGGUCUGAUUUCGGGGAACAACGCUCCGCAAUGGACCGAUUUGCCACAGUGGAGCAUUACAAGGCAGCCAUGGUGCUGAGUGGUGCCGGUGAUGCUCUGGGCUACAGGAACCAGCUCUGGGAGUACAAUGAGUCUGGGCCAGCUAUUCACCAGGAGCUGCAGGAGCUCGGCGGUUUGAAGAACAUCAAGGUUGAGCUUCCCGAUUGGCCGGUGAGCGAUGACACAGUUCUGCAUCUGGCGACGGCUGAAGGACUGGCAACAGGGAAAACAGGGGAGGAGCUUCUGCACGAGGUGGCUGCUCGCUACGUGGAGGCCAUGAAAGACAUGGACGGGAGGAAACCAGGGCCUUCAAGCAUUCUGGGUGUUUCCCAGCUGAAGCCUGGGGAAGAAGAGGGCUACAGAGUGCCAUAUAACCCCGACGGUACAGGCUGUGGAGCCGCAAUGAGGUCCAUGUGCAUCGGCCUCAAGUACCCGAAGCCCGACCAGCUGCUGUCGCUCGUGGCUGUAGCCGUGGAGACAGGCAGGAUGACCCACCCUCACCCCACGGGCUUCCUGGGCGCCGUGGCGUCGGCCCUGUUCGCCUCGUACGCCGUGCAGCGCAGGCCGACGACCACCUGGGGCCUGGGCCUGAUCAACGAGGCCUGCCCCAUAGCCAGGACCAUCGUUAAGGGUCGGGGCUUCGCCGUGGAGGAGACGGAGCGCGACUGGGGCUACUUCGCCGACAAGUGGCAGUGGUACCUGGAUCAGAGGGGCCUCUCUAACGGGGUGGGGCCUUUGUUCUGGCCCCCCGCCUACGGCCCAGCUGAGCGGGACGAGGCCUACAAGAGCUUCAGUCUGUCCGGCUGGGCGGGACGCAGCGGCCACGACGCUCCGAUGAUAGCGCUGGACGCCCUGCUGGCCGCCGGCUCGGACUGGGAGGAGCUGAUGAACAGAGCCGCUUUCCACGGAGGCGACAGUGACAGCACAGCCGUGAUCGCCGCCUGUUGUUGGGGUCUUCUUUACGGCACCAAGGGCGUCCCUGAAGGCAACUACUGCAACCUGGAGUACCGGGACCGACUGGAGCGCUGCGCGGAGCAGCUCUACGCCCUGUCCCACUGAGACGGCACCGAGCGUGUCGUUAAACUCACAGACAUCAUAUAAGA